AUGUCCGCCUUACACGCAGCGCCGACUGAAUUUUUUGGUGUUCAGCGGCCAGAACCAUCUGGCUCAGUCUACGAUUAUGAACACCGGGAUGGGAUCGUGACAAAUAGCGAGUCGUCCCUGGAGAAUAUGCCAGAUGAGAAUGGCUUGGAAGAAUUUGACCCCCAUGAUGAGGAAGACGUUGACGAUUCCGUGAAAGAGGAUAUGAAGCGAUUGGAAGACACCUUCCCAGGGAUAUCUGAUCGCUUUCGGCUAGUCAAUCGAAUAGGUGAAGGGACGUUUUCGACUGUCUACAAAGCGGAGGAUCUUCUUUACGACCAUUAUCAAAAUGACUGGGACACAUUCCAGGACAUCCGAGAUGACAACUUGACCAACCUUCCAGCGAAGCGACGCCGGGUCGAAGGAGAAAGCAAUCGCAUAUUCUCUGUGAAGCGACGAAGACCGCGAUACGUUGCUUUGAAAAAGAUUUAUGUCACAAGCAGUCCGCUACGCAUUCAAAACGAACUUGAAUUACUGCAUGAUCUUCGGGGUUGCCGAUCAGUAUGUCCAUUAAUCACUGCGUUCCGCUAUCAGGAUCAAGUCGUAGCAGUCUUGCCCUUCUUUCCGCACACCGAUUUCCGUAUCCAAUAUCGUACAUUCAUGGUUGCCGACAUGCGACAUUACUUCCGAUCCCUGUUCACCGCUUUACAUUCAGUCCACAAGCAUAACAUUCUCCAUCGUGACAUAAAGCCGACUAACUUUCUUUACAAUCCUGAACUCCGAGAGGGUGUACUAGUGGAUUUUGGUCUUGCAGAACGCGAGGGCUCGGAGUACACUGGUACCUGCUUGUGUGCGAAUUCUAGCCAGAUACGUCGCAGUCGAUUUUUUCAGAGCUAUUACUAUACUAAUUGCGCCUCAUCUCUGAAUAAUACACCUGUGGGGUACCCAAAGAACGACUCCCGGCCUUCGAGGCGCGCCAAUCGAGCAGGAACCAGGGGUUUUCGCGCACCCGAAGUCCUUUUCAAAUGCACUUCACAAACUACCAAAAUUGAUAUGUGGUCAGCUGGCGUCAUUCUUUUGACCUUACUCGGUCGUCGAUUUCCAUUUUUCAACUCAGCUGAUGAUGUCGACGCUAUGAUCGAGAUGGCAAGCAUCUUUGGCACACGCCGCAUGAAAAUUGCGGCAGCCAUGCAUGGGCAGAUUUUCGAAACCAACAUCCCAACUAUAGGAGAAAAGGGUUAUAGCUGGGAGAAGCUGGUGAAAUGGGCGAGUUGCGUGGAGGAGCUGACUGAGAGCGAAAAACAAGCCACCCGUCUCUUGGCUGGACUCAUGGAGCUGGACCCUAACAAGCGUCUCAGUGCUAAAGAGGCCUUGCAACACGAGUUCUUCACUGAUCCCAUAGAUCAUGACGUGGAGUGGGGUGGAAAUCCGGAUGAUAGCGGAGAUACCGGCGAGGAGGGUUAUAGGGAGGAUGAUGAAGCAGAUGAUGCAGCAGAUGAGGUAGCAAUGAUAUGA